AUGCCGCCCCGCACCCUGCGCCGCGCCGCCGCCGCCGCCGCUCCGCUCCACCCGACCCGCUCGGCGCUCCGGAGCCCCACCCCUCCCGCCGCCCAUUGGCUGCCCGCGGAGCCGCCUCCCGCCCCCCGGCCUCGGCCCCCGCCCCCCGCUCCCGCCCGCCGCCCCGCUAGGCCGCCCAGAGCUCUCCAUUGGGCGUCGUUCCCGGGGUCCCGCGCGCCGGCCGUGCUGAUUGGCCGCUGGGGCUUCAUUCACGGCCCCUCUAUCGUCCGCGUACACACUCACGCCCCGGGGGCGCGGCCGCCACGUGGGGAGUGGCGCGGGGGUGGCCCUGGGACCGCACCCCCUCUCGUCCUGGCUGUGUGGGCCCAGCUUUCCCCCAGCGCUGGAGACUUCGAGCCCGGCCGGUCCCACAUUCCACGCAAGUUGAAUUUCCGCCCGCAUCCCGCCCGGGCAGCCGGGAUCGCGGGCUCCGGGAGGCGCUCGGGCUCCGAGAAGCGGCUCAGCCCCGCGCCCCUCCCACCGCAGUACCGCUGCCGGCGGACCAGGAUUCCCGCGGGUCCUGGCGGCUGCGAGCGGGAGGCGGCGCGGUUUCCCGGCUCGGUUCCGGCGCGACUGCUCACCGCGCCCGCCCGCCUCUCCUCCCGCGGCUGCCAGCGCGCACCGGGCGCUCCUCGGCGCGUCUGCCUGGCCCGUCUCGGCUUUCCUUCUCCUCCCUAUAGUUCCAGCGUCGCAACUCCGCCAACCUCUGCUGUCCUGAUAGCGCGUCCGGCGCGGGCAGAGUCGGACGGACUCGGGCUUCACGCCUCGCGCGGGCACCCCUUCUCCCGGGCGCUGUGGCCCAGCUUGAACGGCUCAUCGGCUGUGGUCAUGGUGGGGUCACCUCCCGAGAGAGGAGAGGAGAAGGAUGGACUCAGGGAAGGGCCGCGGGCACUCCAGAAAUCCGACGUGCAGGCCGGGAGCUGUCCAGCUUCACCAGGAGCCCCGGGCUGGAGUUUCCCCGGACUUGCCUGGAGCUGCUGAAAAGGGAAUUGAGAUGAAGGAGACCUUGUUGGAAAGGUGGGCAGUGGAAUUCAGCUACCGCCUCACGCCCCAGCCCUUGAGGACCCACUGAAGGAUCUUGAGUGGAGUCGGACCUCACUGCAGUUCCUCUGUGCCUCCUUACCCGACCUUGGGCCCCAGGCUGAGGGGACUGAGCUGUGUUCUCUCCUCUACUCUACACCGAGGGUGUAGUCUUCAGCUGCCAGUCCUCUCACUUUCCUCUCCUGGAUCUUGCCUCAAGUGGAUUUAUAGCUUACAGGGCCCUGGGGUCCCAGAUCACAGAACUGAGCUGCUGGGGGCCCGGCCAGGGGCCCACUGAGCAAGUCAGGUCUGUGUAAUAAAGUCUCAAUGUUUGAAAAAAGGUCCUGGGGGCUCAGGUGGCAGAUGGCAUUGGAACAAUCCAGGGUGGCUGGGACAGAGUUGACAGUGACAGGAAUCACCCUGGGCACUGACUUUGAUCAUGUGGGCCCUGAAUGGCCUAGGACCAGCCAGAGAAGGAGUGGGAUAGAGCAGGGCCCUUGUCUGGCCAUUGGUCACUGUCCUGAGCAGGCUCCAUGGUCCCACCCUACCUGUAAGAGCUGUGAUGGAGUUCUGUGUCUGAACCCAGCUAGAGAUACUGGGCUUUACUGGACUCUGGCCCAGGAAAUGGUCACCUUGAGGCAAUCCAGGCCCUUCACCUUCCUGCCCCCUUUCCCAGGUCCAGGAGGUAGGAGGUAGGCUGGGAAUCCUGCAGUGAAGUCUCCUCUCAUGCCAGCCCUAACCAGGCCUGUGUGAUAUUGAAGCUUAGUCUUUCAACCUGGAGCUGCCAUCAUCUUCCUGGGCAGGAGUAACUCUGAUCCAUUCUUACUAGCUCUGGGUUUUCCUUCCUGUAAGUUGGGAAUAACAGUAAUAUAGGCAGCCUUUCUCACCAAGGUAGGUCAGAUAGUGGUGUGAGGCAAUGGGGGUGUAAAGCUCUCAGAUGGGUGCUUACUCUGGUUGUUUCUGUUGUUGCUAUUCAGUGAGGGGGCAAUGCAUUCCCCCUUUCCAACUAAAUCUCAGUUUCUUCACCUGUAGCACGGGAUUGCGGAGGUUUGGACCAGUUGACCUCUCUGGCAUUUCUCACUCUCAUGGUUGGUGAUUCUGUAAUCUGUCGAAGUUCCUGUUGGAGGAGGGGAAAUGUCUGGACAGUGGACAGAGGUUUCAAUGUCCAGCCUUUGGAAUUGCCACUAAGGCUGGAAGAACAAUGAUCAACAGACACGGUGUUUUUUUGUUUUUUGUUUUUUUAGAUUAUACUUUAAGUUCUGGGAUACAUGUGCAGAAUGUGCAGGUUUGUUAUAUAGGUAUACAUACAGGCAUGGUGUUUUAACAAGUACUUUAACAUCUAUCAUUUUACUGUACCUCUCAGCCCUGUAAGAGAGCACUGAGAUUAUCUUCAUUGCCUAGAUAAGGAACCCAAGAUUUGUCCAAUGGCACAGGACCUGUGAGUUUCCACUCAUCAUUCUCCUCAUUACCAUGGGAUGGGGGCCUGUGGAGGCAGCAGCUUUGGCUGGCACAGCAAAGAGAGCCCACAGCCCUGUUUCUAGCAGGUCUCAAGGGCAGGCCAGGGCCUGCCAGCACUCCUGAAGCCAUCUUCCCAGGUCUGUGCUGAAUUGAGGGGCAUUCGCAGCAAAGCAGUAGCCAGGCUUCUAGAUUAUCACCCAGCAAAUCAAAGUCCCAGUUCCACCACACCCUUUAGCAGCCCUGUGACUUUGUGUGAGCUGCAUUGCUUCUUGGAGCUUAAGUUUGUGCAUCUUACAGUGAGAACAAUGAUGCCUGCUUCUCAGGGCUGCUCUGAGGCUCCAAGAAUGAAAUAAGGCAUCCAAUUUAGGUGCCCUUUGAAUGUUAGAUGCUGCCCUGGGGUGGGAAGCAGGUUGAAGUAGGGAAGAUAAAAUUCCUUUCUCUGCUUUGGAAAUUUUAGACCUUCUAAAAGGAUAUGGGUUUGGUCUUGAGUCAGAAUUUUCUCGUGUUAGAGUUAAGUUUCCCCCGGGAAGUCUUGACAUCCUUCUCAAGAUUCUGUUUGGGACACUAGGGCCGAGAUAUGGCCACUGGCAGAAACACCUGCAGCUGAGCAGCCCCUUUCUCCUGGAGCACCACCUUCUCAGGCCCUCACCCUCAGACCCACAACACAUAGGCAGGUGUACACACAGAGGUCAGACACCCACCUUACCCAUGUAGACACAGAGUGGUGUGGGCAUGAAAACAGGCGCGCGCACACACACACACACACACACACACACACACACACACACACACAGAUAUAACCAUACAAUUUAGCACAAGACCGAACAUACAGAUUCACAAUAGGAACACACAGACUCACACCAUUAGGCGGAAUAUUCAUAGUCACACAAAGCAACACCCAGUGGUAAAUACAGGCAUGUGUCUAAACGGGGAGAUACACAGAACCCACACAUAGGCUGAAAUAGGCUCAAGUAGGCACUGCUUUGCUGACACAGAGAUACAUGAAACCUACAGGCUCUUGGGGCCACAGACAAGAAGACUCUCAGCUGGCCUGCCGAGUCACACACAUAGGCCCACCAUCAUAUUCACACACAUGAGCACACGUAGCCAGCCAUGCACAUCCUCUCACCCAGAUGCACAGAUACAAAGAGGCUCACCACACACAUCACAGAGACACACAGACAUAUCCACCCACACCCUGUAAGAAAUACAGCUUCACACAGGGGAUCGGAAAGCAGAGGAAGGGGCUGUGUCCAAUCCAGAGUUUGGUUUGCAUGGUUUGGUUGCAUGCAGCGCUAGUCCCAGGAAAACAGGGAAGGCUUUUCUUUUCAUAUUUUUUCCCACUCUCCUUGUCUGUGGAGGGCAGCUCCCAGCCAGGCGGCCGCCAGUUUCAGAGGCUCCUGGGCCUCCCUCCCCAGCGGGGCCUCUGCCCAGCCCGCCCCCAGGCAGGAUCUGCUUGGGCUUUCCCAGAGCACAGAGGCCUCCUCCAGGCUCUGGAGUGUGACCGAGCGCCUGCUCAUUUGACACAGGUCACCGAGCCUCCAGCAGAUGGGGCCCUCACUGUGGGGGGUCUCUGAACCAGGGGCUGUGGGGGGCUGGGAGUGGGAGGGAGGCUCUGCAGGGAUGAAGGGCAGGCUACACAAUCUCCAGCUUCUUAUAUUCUUUCCGCAAAGCUCUGGGUUACAGACAUGGGCCCUAGAAUCAACUAUACUCACGAGGUGGUCAACAUCAGCACUCUGGCGGCCACAUACGCAGGGCAAUAUUCCAGACACAUCCCAGAUGACAGGGGGGCUAACAAUGGCACACGGAGCACAGCUUUGGGAAGGAGAAAGAGGAACAGCCUUGUUCUGCAUCUCCUGGAGGCAGCUGGGUCUGGCUGCUUUCUUCCUUUGGUUUCUGAGCCUCUGAGCUCUCUUCUGCAAAUAGAUCAAUUGCUGAGGAGUCCAGGAUGGGCUGAGAGCAGAUGCAGUUUCAGACCUCAGGCCUUUUCAGUGCUGGGGAAGACAGGCUCCAAUAUGCUCUGUGUGGAUUCCUUACAAGUCAGGAAUGCAGAGAAGAAAAGAAGAGAGAUGGAUGGGGCCCAUGGGAAGUGCUGCCGGACGGGCUGUGUGUCUCAGGAUGCCUCCUGAAUGUAUGGGCUUUGAGAUGUUGAGGCUGGCUGGACCAGCAUAGCACUCGUGGGCCACUUCCUUUCUCUCCUGCCAGUCUCCUUAUGACCUGGAUCUUGCCUUUUCAGAGUGGUCUGGCUUGGUAGUCAAGGGUCCUGGGUUCCAUCUUGGCCCUGACUCAGGGCUCCUAUUGGGCCAGUGUCAGCCUCCUAACCUUUGUGACCCUCUGUAUCCUCAUUUGAAAGCUGGGCAAUAUGGUCUCUAUUGGCUGCUUGAGAAGAUGGGGGUGAGAUCACUGCUUGAAGGAAACUUGGAAAGAGAAAGUGUGGUUUGAUUUCCCUCUCUGGCCGGCCAUCUGGGGUGAGUAAGAGGCUGUGUGAGCAGGGGUGGAACAUGCUUGCUCCCCUAACCAGUUCUUGCUAAAGAGUAUGAGGAGGGACCACACCCACUGGGGCUUGCUGCCCGCUCAUUCUGAGCUGGAAUGUGGUUUUGACUGGAAGAGUCUGGCAGGGUCCUGGCUGUCAUAAAUUCCUAGUCUUAGAAGGGUGCCAGGGUCACUACCUUGGCGAGAGUAGGUGCUAGCUAGACAGAUUCAUAGUGCUUGCCAUCAUUCUAAAGCUCUCCCCAUAUAGGAUGAGCUCAACCUUCUGAGCCCUCAAAGCCCCUUCUUCUUUCCCUCUAAUCUCAGCCCCUCCAGGUGUCCAAUUCUUCUGUCCUUUCUGUGAUCUCAGAGCCCAAGGCAGAGGAAAGGAUUAGUAUCAGAGCUGUUGCUGCCUUUGGCAGAAGAGAAAGGAGCCAUCUAACUUACUUAAUUCUCAGGUCUUGGUGAAGGGAAGGAGGGAUGGAAGGUGAAAUAUCUCUUUGGGAUGAAUCUUUCCUUGUAUUUUCUUUUUCCUGCCUCAGCCUCUAAGCUUAUGGGUGUGGGUAGGGGUCCUCCCAGUGUGUCAGUAGAAUAUUCAAAUUAGGGGUGGUCAAUUGCUCUUGAAAUUUACUUUCAUUUUUAGCAGAAUGUCAGCCUUUGAGCUGGUGUUAAUGCCCACAAUCCGGUUAUGCAGAACAUGCUCUCUGCAAAUCGGUAAAUCAUUAGCAGGGAUUAAUCACUCUGAAAGGCUGGGGCUAUGUUUUAGUCUCUUUCUUUCUUUUUUUUUUUUUUUUAAAUAUACUUUUUAUCUGGAUGGCUGCAAAAUUCACCACCACAGGGUAGGGUGGGAGCAGAGGAUGAUAAUUUAAGUCUUCGUCACCAUCAUUAGAAAAGUGAGAUGCCUUUCUGGGUCUGGGUUGACUUUGUAGUCCAAUUGAAGGGUGGUACUAAGGCAGUUUGGGUGGGGUGGGAGGAAGGGAGGGCAGUUUCCUUGAGAUUAUGGGUGUUAUGAUGUUUAUAAUAGUGUGUAGGUGGCUUGGUGCGCUUGUAUAUGUGGGGACUUUAUGUUACCAUGCUUGCAUGAAUUCGUGUUUCCAUUUUAUAGAUGCCUGUAAGUAUUCAUGCGCUUGUGAUAGGGUGCUUUUGCUUGCAUGAAUUCGUGUGUUUCCAUUUUAUAGAUGCCUGUAAGUAUUCAUGCGCUUGUGUUAGAGUGCUUUUGCUUGGUUUGUAUUAGUGUCAGGCACUUGGUUUGUAAUUGUGUCAAUAAUUCUAUUCGAGAGUAUGUUUUUGGGAUACCAUUUUAUUGUGUGAGUACAUCCCCUCUGGUGGGAGACCACACCGCACCCUCAGCGUCAGGGUAGCUCCCUAGAGGAAGAAGGUAGAACAGGAGGGAAGUCCCAACCAGCACCUGCUGGGGGUGUGUGUGGCUCAAGGUUGAUUUACAUAUUCAUGAGCUAGCUUCCUGUUAUCUUGGGGAACUCUCCUCUUGAAGAGACUCAGUCUGAGCCCAAGUGGGAGACCUCUCAGGGCAGAUGGAGGAGGUCAGGCUCUCACUGUUAACACCUCUUACUCCCCAGUCCUAGGUAUAGUGGCUGCCUCCUCUACCCCAUGGCUCAGGAACCUCCAACACUCGAAGUUCCUGAAACCCGACCUCUGCAUAGCCACAGGACACAUAACUCUAACUUCCAAUAGGGAUAAGAGCGAUUUGGCUGCUCCUAUCAGGAAGCUGUCAGGUCCUGGAUGCUCCUGUGAGGGAUCUUGGGGAAGGAAGUUAUUCUUCCAACCAGGGUCAAGCUGAUAAAUUGGACCAUCUCUCCAUUCUGUGUUCACGCUGGAUCAGCCUCCUUAGUCCUCUCUUUCUCCCUAGCUUAAUGCAGCCCAGCUUUGGAGUAGUAAUUGCCUUCACAUGACCCAGUAAUCAUAUUCCCUGGGUGCUGAGCAGGGCAUGUGUGUAUGGGGAUAAGGUCACAGGACUUUCCUUUCCCCUCUAGUCACAGAGUGGGAGGUUUGAGGUGGGAUUUAAUGGGCCCGGUCCUUACAUUAACCCACAUUUUCUUCUAACCUACUGCAUCUCCCUCUCCCAAUACAGUCAGCUUGGCUAGCCUGGGCAUCACUGUCCACUACUCCCCAGAUGGCCCAGGUACCCUGUACGCCUGUACAUGUGCCUCAUUCGUCAUCCCACUGUAUGUCUCUCCCUCCCCUCCAUGUAGUAGUCUAGCCUGGAGUUGGGGGAAGAACAGAAUGAUACAACUACUUACUUGGCUUUUGCAAGGUGGGAAGGUCUGGGGAGAGUUGGCUGGGCUCAUUGCUGACCUUUCUCAGCUUUCCUGGGGGUAGCAGGUGGAGGGUGGAAGGGGUAAAGGAGGAUUUAGGAAUUAUACUUUCCCAGGGACCUCUCAGCAUCUUUAUAUAUCUCUGGUGGCAGACAUCUGUCUGAGCUUAAGGUAGCAUCUGCCUAGGCUGGAGACAACAUCUGUUUGAGGCUGGGACACCUGGCUGAGCCCAGCACAUUAUCUGGCCCCAGGACUGCUUCUGUCUGGGCUCAGGACAUGUGUUUGAACCUGGUACAACAUCUGUCUGGGCUUGGUACAUCAUUCUCCUGGCCUGGGGGCAAUGUCUGUUUGAGCCCUGGAUGUGUGUUUAACCUGGGGACGACUGCUGGGCCUGGAUCAAUACAAGCCCAGGGAUGCACUUGUCAUCACAGAUAAAAUCACUCCUGAGUCUCAACUUUGGUUUGCGGCUGAACAGAGUGUGUGCAGGGCUCAUGUCCCUGUUCUCCUUUCUACCAGGAAAAGGGAUCAUAGGUGGAAUGCCUCAGUUUACCUUCCAUUGUAGGCCCAUUGGCCUGGUUGCUCUGGGUACCUUGAGCACUGGCCAAAGCCUACACCCCAGUGGCUCUGGGAAACCAAAGUCAAAAGAAUACAUGAGAGGAUUGUUAGGUUAUAAAAUCUGGUGACUGGUCUAGGAUGAUUCUCCCUCCCUCCAAUCCCUCAUCCAGAUACUUGAGUCAGGUCACAGUAUUCCCACUAAGACACAACUUGGACAUGUCAUUUGGCACUUGGCUCCCGAGAACCCUUCUAUUGUUCCCUGUUAUAUACGUCAUCAGGCCCAAAGUCCCUGGUAAUCCUACCUCUGCCAACCCUCUGAAUCCAGCUGCACCGAUCUCUGUUCCUACAAACACACCGGGCCCUUCUAAGACCCCUUAUCUCUGCACAGAUGGUUCUCUGUCCUUGGGACGUCCACUGUCUCUGCUUUACAUCCUUCAAAUCCCAGUACAAGCUUCACCAGCUCUGGGAAGUUUUCCCUCUAGACUAAGCCACAGCCUCUGUCCUGCUUCUGCAGUCCAUUUGCGCAUUAGCCUUUAUAGGCCUGUACUGUCAUUAAUUCAUCAUGUGUCUGUCUCUCCCAUGGGACUGUGAGCUCUGGGGCUCUGGGUCUGGAUCUGCUUAAUUUCUGACCCCCAGCACCCAGCUCAAUUCCUGGUCCAUAGUAGGCACCAAUAAAGAAUGCCUGCUGAAGGACCACAGGUUGUGCCGCUGUGAUCUCAUUUCCUUCUUUUUUAAAAUGGGGGGAUAAAAGGGAAUCUAUAGACACUGGUUUUCAGCCUCAGAAGAAAUGGGCUUCAGAGAAGAGGGCAUGUUUUUUUAAUACCUGGUGGGUUGACUGUAGUCAAAGGGGCUGGGUAACGGACCCAGAAUGCCUUGGACAAGAGCCUGAUGAAGCCAUGUCCUGCCCAAGAUUCUUUAUCUGUGACCAAGAUGAAGACAUAUAGGCUGGUAGGACUUGAUGCAUUUGCUGCUGACAGGAGUGGGAAAGUGCAGUGAAGGUCAGGGGGCAGCAAUGAAUCCAGACAUAAUAGCUUCUCCGUGGGCUGCAGGGAUGGGACUAAGUCUAACAAGGAGGACUGUGUUGGGCAAAUGUCAGGACCUUGACCUGGGUCCAAACCCAGCUCCUUGAGGGCAGGUGGUAGAACAGAGGCCUGGCUCAGCUCGAAUGGAGAGGUUACAGGGGUCCUAGGUAUGCUUGUCUUGUCAGAGAGGGAAAGUCACACAAAGUGUUAUCAGUAUCAAUGCGGUAUCCAGAGCAAGCUGCUCUCACUGGUCGGGACACCCUGGCACCUGACCAGCUUCAGAGGGACAUGGAUCCCUAGGAAUGUGUAUGGGAACAGAGACCAGAGUAGGGGGCCAUGUGGAACCGUGAUGAGGUAGCUGAGAACUGAAUGUUCCGAGGACAUGGUCUCUGCUUUUGUGGCUUUUAUUCCACCAGAUAGGAAUAUCUCUAUGGUUUUUGCCGAUGAUAAAAACAAUACAAGCUCAUUUGUAGACACUAGAAAAGUAGUAUACGAAAUAGAAAAUGGAAGUCCUCCAUCCGGCUCUCGGCCUCACUCCUCAUAACUACUCCUUGGCUCUCUCUUUCCAGAACUUGUUUGUGUGGACACGCAGUAGUUAAUAAUAGUGGCUUAGGUUUAUCGAGGGCUUAUGAAGUGCAGGUACUGUGCUAAGUUCUUCGACCUGAGUUUACGCCUUGCAUCCUUACAAAAACAAUGUGGGUUAACUGCAACUAUUAUUCUCAUUUUACAAAUGAAGAAACUGAGGCUCAGAGAGUUGAACUCAAACUUGCCAAGGUUAUCUAGGCAGUAAUCUGUAUAGAUAUCUAUGAAUAUAUUAUGUACAGAAGAUGGAACCACAGUGCAUAUGGUGUUUUUUUAACUUUUUUUUUGUUUUUGUUUUUUGAUACAGAGUGUUGUUUUGUCGCCCACGCUGGAGUGCAGUGGCUCGAUCUUGGCUCACUGCAACUUCUGCCUCCCGGAUUCAAGCAAUUCUCCUGCCUCAGCCUCCCAAGUAGCUGGGAUUACAGGCACCCGCUACCAUGUCCAGCCAAUUUUUGUAUUUUUAGUAGAGAUGGGGUUUCACCAUGUUGGCCAGGCUGGUCUUGAACACCUGACCUCAGGUGAUCCACCUGCCUCGGCCUCCCAAAGUGCUGGGAUUACAGGCAUGAGCCACUGUGUCUGGCCUGUAAUUUGUGUUUUUAAAUUAGCAGUGUAUUUUGAAUGUGUGUCUAUUUUUUCAUACAUCUCAUCCACCUUAUCCUUUUGAAAUGGCUUGUAGAGUAUUUGUUGUGUUGAUGCACUGUAAUUUAUUUAAACACUACUGAUGGACAUUGAGAUUGUAGCUUCUCCGUCUUGACUGUCUGCAGGGCUGUCCUGGGCCCCAGGGAGUAGAUAAACUCUUUGUGACCCAAAGGAGCAGAAUUCAGAUCAAGCCAUGGACAUUUUACGGAGCCAGGGUUUGGGUUACCCAUUCUAAGGACCGCCUUGUCACAGACUGAGCUCCCUGACUCUGGAGGAAUUGAAAUAAAGGCACAUUAGCUCCUCUCAGGAAUGCUGCAGGAGGAUUUGUGUAUUAGGCUGUGGUUUUGGGGGAGUGUUGGGUGGGGCCUGAGGUAUAGGGGAAGGAGCGCUGGUUUUACAGCUUGGAGACCUGCUCAAGUCCCUGCUGCGGCUCCUGGCAAACCUCCCAGUGCUUCAGUUUUCCCCAUCUGUAAAAUGAAAAGAGAGUACCCCUGUGGUUCAGAUCAUGGGCUUAGAGAUAGGCAGAGCUGAUGCUGAGUAAAGGUGCUGCUUCUUACCAGUUGUGUGACCAGGGGCAAUUUGCUGAAAAGUAGCCAUACUUUUCUCAACUUUAACACAGGAAUACAGUACAAAUAGUUGUGUGUGUAUGUGUGUGUGUUUUGAGACAGGGUCUCACCUGUUGUCUAGGCUGGAGUGCAGUGACACGAUCACAGUUGACUGUAGCCUCGAUCUCCCAGGCUCAAGUGAUCCUCCCCCCUGAGCCUUCUGAGUAGCUGGGGUGCAUCUCUACAAAAAUGUCUUGUAGAGACCGGACCUCAUUAGGUUCCCCAGGCUGGUCUUGAACUCCUGGGCUCAAGCGACCUUCCCACCUGGGCCUCCCAAAGUGUUGGGAUUAUGGGCACGAGCCACUGUACCCAGUCUACAAAUAGUUUGUCCUUCCACUUUAACUAAUUUUUUUUUUUUAAAUUUUGAGAUAGAGUCCUGCUCUGUUGCCUAGGCUGGAGUGCAGUGGUGUGAUCUUAGUUUACUGCAACCUCUGCCUCCUGGGUUCAAGCAAUUCUCCUGCCUCAGCCUCCCAAGUAGCUGGGCUUAUAGGCACCUGCCACAACAAACAGCUAAUUUUUUUUUUUUUGUAUUUUUAGUAGAGACGAGGUUUCACCAUGUUGGCCAGUCUGGUCUGGAACUCCUGACCUCAGGUGAUCCACCCUCCUUGGCCUCCCAAAGUGCUGGGAUUACAGGUGUGAGCCACUGUGCCCGGCCUCAACUAAUAUUUUUCAUCACCUCUUUUGGGCCAAGUAUUGGGGGUAUAGCCAUGAAAAAGAUAGACAAAGCCACUGUCCUCAGAGAAUGUACAUUUUAGAAGAGGAGGGAAGAGAAUCAGACAGGAAACAAAUACUUUUGCAGAAGAUGACUACAGAUUGUAGUAAGACUGCAUAGGAUGCUAUGAUAGAGCUGCUGGAGAGGCCUAGAUGCAGUGGUUGAGAAAACCUGAGGAUGUGAUGUGGGAGCUGAGGCCUGGGGAUGAGAAGGGCCAGUCAUGCUGAGAGCCAUGGAAAGAGUGUCCUGGCAGGGAAGACUGUGAGGCGCCAAGGUGCCCUUGUGUGUCCAAGGAAUAGGAGGCAGCUGGCAUUGCUGGAGCAGAGUGGCAGAGGAGAGAGCAGCCGGAGCUUACGUCCAAGAGGGAGGUGACUCACACCUAGCAGGUCCUUGUAGAACGCGGCCAGGAGUCUGACAUCCUGCUAAGGGUGAAUUUCAACCUCUUAGCGUUCUAAUGAGGGUCCAAUGAGAUAUGCAUAUUUCGGUUUCCCCAGAAGCAGAUCCCAAGAUAAGGAUUUGAACGCAGGCAGGGAAGUGAUUCUAGGAAACGCUGGUAGGGAGUGGGCCUGUGAGAUGGGGAAGCCCACAGAGGGAGUCUCAUGGAGCAAGUUGCCAGUUAUGCUGUGGGUGACUGGUCCACUGAGGACCACUGGCUGUCUGUGUUGAACACAGUUCUCAGAGUUACCCCACUUGCUAGAUGAGGGAGGCAGGCUGCUUAUCUACUGACAUAUCAGUCAUUCUGGGGUUGGGGUGGAGGUUAAUUCUCCAGCACUCUGGGCCUGCCUCGGGAGGACAGAGCAGGCUCCUGGAGACCAGAAGAAGCCCCCAGGCAAAGAUGCAGCUGCAAGCAGUUGGAAGUCAGGCUGGAGUACACCGAAAUGGUAGGGCCUGGAGGAAUGGGGGUGGAGUGCCAGCACUAUCUGCUACUCAUGGAGAGCUUGUGGCUUAGGAAGCACCCAAUCGAUGAGAGCAAUUAUGACUGGUAUUAUUAAUGGUAGUUUUACUAAUGAUUAUUGUUAUUGUGAGGGUUAAACUGGAGGAUGUUAAUCAUAGCUCAUAUAUAUUGGGUUCUUACAGGUGCCAGCAGUAAGCACGUCAAAGCACUUUACAUGCUAUCUCAUUUCAUACCUGUAGCAGCUAGUAUGUAGGAGAAUGUGUGGGGUGUAGCAGGCAAUCAGCAGAUGGUAGUUGAUUCUUCAAACUUGGAAGUUACAAAACUUCAGGUGAUGAAUCUGGGACUGUUCAAUGGACUCCUAGAUACUAAGUGUUCUUGUCCCAAAUCUCCUGAACUACAGGCAGCCUCCCUGGUGCCUUGAGAUGCUGACUCAGCAGAGAAAGAUGUAAAAUUCUACCUUGAUUUGCAUACAAUUUACACAUAUUUAUUUAUGAGUGUCUUUGAUUAAUGUCAAAGUGCCUGUGUGAUUUUUCUGCCAGCCUUCAGGGGCAUGGCUGGCAUGGA